GGAUGCACUGCUCCAUAGCAACAUCAGUACCACCAGGGCGGCGGGCUAGUGGAGCAGCACUGUUGCGGACGACCUGGGACAAAUACCCAGAGAAUAUCUGAAACAGGUGCUGCAUGCAGACAGCAUGGACGACCAGAGGGAGUCACUGCAGAAGAUCAUCACCACGUUGGCCCUGAAGAAUGAGGAAAUUCAGAAUUUCAUUUGCUGUCUAAAGCAGAGACUAGGGAACCUGGAGGCGAAUGCAAACCGAGUGCAGGAGGAUCUGGACUCGGAGUUUAGUUCUUUGCAUACUGUCCUGGAUGAACUAAAAGAGAGCAUGGUCACACGCAUCAAACAGGAAAGAGCCAGCCGCACCUACGAGCUACAGAGCCAGCUGAGUGCAUCUACCAAAGCCCUGGAGAGCUCAGAGGAGCUGCUGGAAUUAGCCAAUCAGACGCUCUGCUCAGCUGAGAAUGACAGCUUCACCCAGGCGGCCAAAGACAUAAAGGAUAGUGUGACUAUGGCUCCAGCAUUUCGUCUUUCGUUGAAAGCCAAGGCCAGUGACAGUAUGAAUCACCUGAUGGUGGACUUCACUCUGGAAAGAAACAUGCUACAGGCCAUCUCAUUUCUUCCAGUGCCUGCGACACCAGAAAUUCAGGUGGCUGAAUGCCAGGUGUUUGAUAACACAGUCACAGUGGUGUGGACCUUACCUGAACCUGACUCCAAAAUCGACCACUACAUUCUGGAAUAUCGAAGAACCAAUCACGAAGGUCCUCCCCGCGCUCGGGAAGACCACCCCUGGAUGGUAGUAGAGGGGAUAAAAGAAACUGAGUAUACACUCACGGGUCUUCGUUUUGACACGCGUUACAUGACCUUUCGGGUGAAGGCAUGCAAUAAGGCUGUGGCAGGUGAAUUCUCAGAGCUGGUUACUCUAGAAACACAUGCAUUUGUUUUUAAACUGGACGCUAGUUCAGCCCAUCAGAACUUGAAGGUAGAGGAUCUCAGUGUGGAAUGGGACAGCAGUGGUGGAAAGUUACCAGUCCAGGACAUCCGAAAGGACAAGAACAGAGCCAGUUCUCCCAUGCAUUCUCCCGCAAGGACAGCCAUGAUGUCCCCCAAAAGAGCCCCAUCUGCUAGAGUGGGUCGAGACCGUUUCACAGCAGAGUCCUACACUGUUUUGGGUGACACCAUUAUCGAUUCAGGGCAGCAUUACUGGGAGGUGCGGUUUGAUAAGGAGAGUAAGGCAUUUGCAGCAGGCAUCGCUUUGCGGUCUCUUGGCCGCUUUGACCAGUUGGGUAAGAGUAAUGCGUCCUGGUGCAUCCACCUGAACAACUGGCUUCAGCAGAGCUUCACAGCCAAGCACAAUAAUAAAGCCCGAGCCCUGGACUGCCAAAUUCCAGACCGCAUCGGCAUUUACUGCAACUACGAAGAGGGCACAUUGUCUUUUUAUAACGGCAGAACCAAAAGUCUUCUUCAUACCUUCAGAACCAAGUUCCAGCAGCCUGUUAUACCAGCCUUUAUGGUGUGGAAUGGGAGUUUUUCAGUGCAGACGGGGCUGCAGGUACCCAGUAUUGUGCUGAGUGGUCAGAAGAGAAACAGUAAUACAAGCAGCUCCAAUGCCAGCCUUACCUAAACCUUACCUAUCACUGACAAAUAUAUA